AUGAAUAGUAAAAAUGAAGACGAUCCAGAAAGAGCAAGGACAUCUGAAAGCGUCAAACGUCGCAGAGGGGAAAAUAGCAAAAAGCUUGAGCACAAAAAACAAAAAUUUAGAAACCACAUAACUGCAAUAUGUAAGGUAGCGUUUGACGAUUCAAAAAUUGCAAGUGGAAUAAAUCUUGGUCGUACCAAAGCCACAUCCAUAGUUAAAAAUGUUAUUGGCAAAAACCAUAGUGAGGAAAUAGCCAAUAUUCUAAAAUCGACCUAUUUUAGUGUCAUCAUAGAUGAAAGCACAGAUGUUUGUGAUUCUAAAAGUGCAAAUGAAGGUGCAACUGCUGAAAAGAUAUUUGAUGAACUUCUUAAAGCUUUUAACGAAUCAGAAAUUCCAUUGGAUAACAUAAUUGGAUUUGCAUCUGAUGGUUGUAACUCUAUGAUGGGUGCAUGGAAUUCAGUUUCAUCAAGGUUUAAAGAACAUAUGCCAGGUGUGUAUAUACAGAAAUGCAUAUGUCAUUCCUGGCACCUAUGUUCGAGUUCAGCUUGCAAAACACUACCAAGGGCAUGUGAAGACUUGGCUCGAGAUAUUUUCAACUAUUUCAAGUCUAGCAGCAAAAGAAUAAGUCACUUCAGAGGAUUUCAAGACUUUUGCAAUGUUUCUCCAUAUCAAAUUUAA